GACGAAAACCAAAGAAUUCUUCACUUGAACAACCAGUAGGAACCGAAUCUGAAAUUCUUGAACAAGUAACUUCAAUAAAUGAACAACCUGCAGGAAUUGAGGAACAGUUACAAUCAUCAUCACUACCAGUUGUUUCUAUUCCUAAACGUGAACGAAAAUUAAACGAAACAACUGCUCAGAUUACGGAAGAACCUACUAAUGUGGCAUCUACUAGUGCUUCUACAACUUCACAACGCGGUCGUAAACGAAAGACAGUCUCAGAAAGUAGUACCACGGCCGAUCCCGAUCAAAUGACAAGCAGCAAUCCAAAAACAAACGAAGAAAUAUCUGAAGGAAAUCCCCCUAAACGUGGACGUAUAAAUGUGUUGGAACAAGAAUUAGCAGAGCCUGUUGAAGCUACUACAGAGGCUACUAAGAACCGUGGUAAAAAGAGAAAGACGACUACUGAAAAUGAUAAUGGGGAACGGGAAGCAGAUCCUGCAAAGGAAAAUAAAAAAUCAAAGAAGUCUAAAAAACCUGAAGAGAAACGAUUAGCUCGUACCAGAACGAUUUGCUCAACUCCUAUUUAUGAGCGUAUUAUUCGUGCGGAACAACAACGACUUUAUAUGGUUAAUCGAGAAAAGAUUGACGAUUUCCACGAAGAAUUUGCAGUUUUAGGAUCAACCGGCAAUAUAUACACAGUUACUAUUAAACAUGUACCAAAUUGCACUUGUCCAGAUUUCGGGAAAGGAAAUUUGUGUAAACAUAUUUUCUUUAUUUAUCUCAAAGUUUUUCGCCUAAAUCGAGAUAGCUCGUUUAUCUAUCAGAAGGCGCUUUUGUCUAAAGAACUCCGUUCAAUCUUUGCCAACGCUGCGCCUGAUCCGACUGUUUUGGCAAACCAACGUGUUCGUGAUAAAUAUAAAACGUUCACUUCCGGUGAAUUAGUAAGUGACACCAAUGGAAAUGAAAACGAAAAACGCCGACCAAUCGAAGGAAAUUGCCCUAUUUGCUAUGAACCCUUAGAAGAAAAAGAUCAUAAAAAUAUCGUAUGGUGUAAAGAAGGUUGCGGAAAUAACCUUCACAAAGACUGUUUCGAGCAAUGGAAGAGAUCAAAACGCGGUGACAAAGUUACCUGUGUUUAUUGUCGCAUCAAUUGGGAGGAAUCCGGUUCCGAACUUUUAAUAAACGAAGAAGGUUAUGUUAAUUUAGGAGAUGUUCAAGGAAUGAAUACUAUUCGAGACACUACUUCCUAUUAUCGCAAGUAUCGCUCCUGGUAUUAAGAGGAGUAAUAUCAUUGUCUACAAUUAUCUUGUACGAUGAAUUGAUGAAUUUUUUUUUCAUUGAUCAUAUGUCGAAUUUAUGUAAAAGAUUAUUAAUAUUAAUUUUAUGAAAAAUGAUGAAUAAAGUUUUAAAUGUAACAUUCGGUAAGGGGAAAAAAAUUCCUGGUUACCGA